AUUUCUUUCACCAAGGGAAGAAACAAAGAUACGUACACUGCAAAAUAAGAGAAAAAGAAGAAACAAAGGUGAGAAUGUCGUUAGAUGAAAGGACAAAUGCACAAGCAGCUGCUGAACCUGUUCAUGAAGAUUUUAUACCACCCUCCGAUUGGGAUCGCCAGCAAAAUAGUGACACGCUGAUUCUUAUGCUUCCAGGGUUUAGAAAAGAGCAAUUGCGGGUUCAAGUGUCCUCUAACCGUGUCCUAAGGGUGAGUGGUGAAAGAAAGAUCAGUGAGAACAAGUGGCGUAGAUUUCGCAAGGAAGAACCCCUUUCUGAUUCUCAUGACACCAGUGGAAUCAGUGCCAAGUUUGAAGCUGGAAUGCUAUACGUAAAGCUUCCCAAAGUCAUGAAACCACCGUCGUCAUCACCACCACCAUCAUCACCACCACCACCCCCACCACCGUCACCAACACAACAAAAACCUUCAAAGCCCCACCAACCAACAAGUACAAUAACCGAUGAUAAUCACAAACCAGAUGCUACUCAACAACAACAUCAUGAUGAAAAAGACUCAAAAGAAGACACAACUGAAGAAUCCAAGAUUGAGGAACAACAACCACUACCACCACCACGACCACCUCAAGAACAUGAAGACUCUCAAGUGAUGCUGCAAAGGGAGAUGAGCAAAGCAGAAACCGGAGACAAAAGCAGAAGUUAUGAAGAAAUGCAUGAAACGACACAAACGACAGUGAAGGAGCAAAAGGAAGGUGAUGAAGAUUCUGAAAAGAAGGUGGCACAAUCACAAAUAAAAACAGAUGAUGAUGAGAAAGAUAUGAGGGAAGUUAUAGGUUCUAAUAAGGCUGAAGGAACUGGUCUUGAAGGGUUAAGUAGGAUUGGUGUAGCGAAGAUGAACAUAAGGCUAGAGAAGAUUUCUGACAUGGUUUUGGAGGUUAAAAAGCAGAAUAAAGUAGCCAACUUAGUUGUUCUUGUCUUUCUUGUGUUGCUUAUUGGACUCUACGUAAAGAGUGUGGUCAAGUCAUCUUUUGCAGGACCCAGAAACCAAGAACUUUAAUCAAUUGCUUCAUUUUGUGGGGUUUCUGUGUCAACAUGCAUGAAGGCCAUGAGAUUAUAAUUAAUUGAUUGUGAUCUUAAGUUCUUAUAAAUAGAUUGUGAUCUUAAGUUCUUAUAAUUACUUUUUGUAUAUUUCUUCCUUU